UGCCCCUACAGCAACCCAGUUCAACUCACUGGUGAAUUUGGCAACCCAGUUCAUAUCACUGGCGUGGCCACCUCAAAACCUCUAACCCUAGGAACAACCGUAGUGCAAACUAAGGUGCCGGCUACUGGCCUCUUGACCAGUAGUACUGGAACAGAUCACGCACCCAAGGGUCAGACCGGCGAGCAUGGCAUUGGCGGCGAUGAGGGAAAUCAUAGGAAAGAGGAGCAGCAGCAGGGUUCCGGAGAGAUUGAAAGAUCUAGCAGUUCAAGCUCUAGCUCGUCUGAGGAUGACGGCCACGGAGGGAGAAGGAAGAAGAAGGGACUGAAGGAGAAAAUAAAAGAGAAAUUAACAGGUGGGAAGCACAAGGAAGAGCACGGACACACAGUAUCGAGCACAACCACAGAAACCACCCCAGGCGGCGGAGAACACCAUGAGCAUGAGAAGAAGAGUGUGAUGGAGAAAAUCAAGGAAAAGUUGCCUGGCCAUGGCCACCAUAGCCACUAAAACUAUAUAUAUGUAGCUAGCUAUAUAUCGUAUGUCAAAACUGGGGGAUUAAUGUAUGCUUGUCUUGUUAAUUAGCUAGUGCAUAGAUGUUGGCUAGGGUGGAUUGUAAUAAUUUAUGGUCGAGUGAAAUAAUGCGGCUGCAUAUAUACUUAGAUCAUCAAUAUAUAUAAUGUAUAAUAUUUCAGUUAGUACAAG